CCCCCUUUCUCAUCCACGGAGAGCAGUCGGCGUGUGCAGUUGUAAUCCAUCCUGCAUAAUUCACUUGCGUGGUGAAGGCGGACCAAUAAGGGCGUGAACGCAAACAAAAGAGGCACGGAUAACGGAAAAGACACUAGACGGGAGCACCGCGGAGAGGAGUCACAACUGCUUAGUUUUUAUUACUCUUAACAACGUCGGACUCCCUUCAAUCAUUGACAUUCAUGAAGAUGUGCACCGCGAGACCGACCGAACCGGGACCGUUAGAGGAGAUGUUGCGGAUGAUGGUGAUGCACGAGACGCUCGCGGGCAGCGAUGCUCGCCGUUACUGUUCCCCGGUGGCUUGUGUAGAAUGAGAGUUUGGGUCAGUGCGCAGAGAUGUCGGUGCCUUUGCUGAAGAUCGGUGUGGUGCUCAGCACCAUGGCAAUGAUCACCAACUGGAUGUCCCAGACACUGCCUUCACUAGUGGGGCUCAACACCACCAAACUGACCGCGGCGCAGGGCGGCUAUCCUGACCGGAGUAUAGGAGUUUUACCCGCCAACCCUGAGGAGUCCUGGCAGGUGUACAGCUCGGCUCAGGACAGUGAGGGCAGGUGUGUGUGUACGGUCGUCGCACCGCAGCAGACCAUGUGCUCAAGAGAUGCCCGCACCAAACAACUCCGCCAGCUACUGGAGAAGGUGCAAAAUAUGACACAAUCAAUCCAAGUAUUGGACCAGAGGACUCAGAGGGACCUGCAGUACGUGGUGAAGAUGGAAGAUCAACUUCGUGGCCUGGAGACUAAAUUCAGACAGGUGGAGGAGAACCACAAGCAAAACAUCGCCAAGCAGUACAAGGCCAUAAAGUCAAAAAUGGCGGAGCUGCGUCCACUGAUCCCCGUACUGGAGGAAUACAAAGCGGACGCGCGGCUGGUUCAGCAGUUUAAGGAGGAGGUGCAGAACUUGACGUCCAGCCUCAGUCUCCUCCAGCAGGAGAUGGGAGCCUACGACUACGAUGACCUGCACUCCCGUGUGGUUAAUCUAGAGGAGCGGCUACGUGCGUGCAUGCAGAAGCUUGCGUGUGGUAAGCUGACUGGCAUUAGUGAUGCGAUCACUAUUAAAAUAUCCGGAUCUCGGUUCGGAUCCUGGAUGACAGACCCUCUCGCUCCUGAAGGAGACACAAGGGUGUGGUACAUGGAUGGCUACCAUAACAACCGCUUCGUGCGCGAGUACAAGUCUAUGGCGGACUUUAUGACGUCGGAUAACUUCACAUCUCACCGGCUGCCGCACCCUUGGUCCGGGACGGGUCAGGUGGUGUACAAUGGCUCCAUUUAUUUCAACAAGUUUCAGAGCAACAUGAUCAUCAAGUUUGACUUCAAGACGUCCGCCAUAAGUAAAUCUCAGCGUCUGGACAAUGCGGGCUUCAGCAACACCUACCACUACGCCUGGGGCGGACACUCCGACAUCGACCUCAUGGUUGACGAGGGCGGGCUCUGGGCCGUCUACGCCACCAAUCAGAACGCGGGGAACAUUGUCAUCAGCAAGCUCCACCCUCUCACCCUGCAUAUAAUGCAGUCCUGGACGACCAAUCAUCCGAGACGCAGUGCCGGGGAGUCGUUUAUGAUUUGCGGGACGCUCUACGUGACCAACGGCUACUCGGGAGGGACGAAAGUCUACUACGCCUACCACACCAACUCCUCGACAUACGAGUACAUCGAUAUCGUUCUGCAGAACAAGUAUUCGCACAUCUCUAUGCUGGACUAUAACCCACGAGAUCGCGCACUGUACGCUUGGAAUAAUGGACAUCAAGUCCUGUACAACGUUACGCUUUUCCACGUCAUCCGCUCGGAGCAACUGUAACCUUGGAGGAUUUGGUUGGGAGUAUCUGAAGACAAUCUUUAGGAAUGUUCUUAAACCUAUUGUUACAAAAAUGCUAUGCUGAAUGAAAACUAAACCUGAACAACAGACAUGUGAAUGGAACAUAGGACACAAGAUCAUAAACAGAUGCCAAAAAAAUAAAAAAUAAACAAAGCCACGCCUUUCUGUUUUUUACAAAAGGACUUUACUUUAUAGGACACAGUCUGAUCAGAUGUUUUCCAGUAGCUCUAAAAAGACAUUUGUCCAUGCUUUACUGCACACUGACAUGAAGGGAACUUUGGUAUUAGUUACAGACUAGUAGUCCACACACAACCUCAUAAACUGAGCAUGUGCAGGAAAACCGAUGGUGCUUCACUUGGCAUACUAACAUGGACGUCUUACCAGUUUAUGCACUCUCCUAUGUCCAAACUGUGUGCUUUGCAGAGCUCAUUUCUAUAGGUAAUAUGAAAAAAUAUGAUUGGCUGAAGGCGCUGACUGUUGAAAGCUUGUAAGGUUUUACUUGAACAUCUGUAGUUGGACCAUAUCAUGGUAUUUUACAAUGACCUACAUGUAUGUAGCACCUGAGAACAGACCAAAGCGUGCUAUUAAAGUCAACAUGAAAUCACACAUUCCUUGUCUUGAUAUGCACAAUUACUGUAACUUGCUCCAACUCUAAAACAACCUUAUAUUUCGGAAUGACAUCAUCAAGAACUCUUAUUUUUCAGCUCCUCAAUCAAACACAUCCAUAAUUCUGGUCAUAUUUAACAGUGCAAUCAAUUCCCGAUGCAUAAAAUCAAGUCUCGUCCCAUGUUUUUCUUGUCGAAGAUCCUGUUAACACAGAAACACAUCAUUUCAUGUUGACUUUUGAUCUUCUCUGGUGAGAUUAUCACCCUUCAGGCUACCGAUACUCACUUUGUUAUGCUUGUAAAUGGAUGUCAACUGCAUCUGCAUCAUGAUUGCUAUGUACGAUACACCAACUCCACAUAACAAGUGUGCCGGUUUUACUAGCAGAUGGUUCAGGUGCAAUCUUACUCCAAUUUAGUCUCUGUGCUGGUGAUUUCUUGUAAAAUGAUUUCUUUAGUUUUGCAUGAGCAGGUGUGCUCAAAGGAAUGUUUACCUGUGUGAUGAUGUACAUGACAGAUUUGGGAUAAGGGAUGGAGGGAGGGA